UCCAUACAUUUGGUUUUCCGCAUGUAGUUCUGCGUCUCCCGUAUUUCUGCGUCUGAAUACGGACGCAAAAAUACAAUCUCUAAUAAAAGGAUAAUUUGAAUCUCUGCACAGUUCUUUCUCAAUUCAAAAAUCCCGCGUUUUACCGUUAAUCUAAAUGGCAUGUGUCAUAUUUGAAAUUUAUAGAGGACUUUACUAUAGAACAAUAAUUAGUGGGACGUCAAAAUGAUGGAAUUAGACACCGUCAUUGUAUAAUCUAGUUCAGUCACAUUCUGGUAGGGGCGCCGCUACCGCUUAGUUAGUGUAUAUUGCAAACGAGUAUUUUUCAUACAUCUUUCCUAUUUUUUUGCGUCAUAUAUAACCGGCAACCCUGAAAGGUAUUCUGCUAUAAAUGGUUUAAAUAUUUUUGUGUCAUAAAAUUUCAGUUAGGUAUAUGUUGUCUUAAUAUGAACUUGUGGUGUUACUAGUGAAGCUAUAAAUAUUUUCAAGGAUUUUAGAGUAACAAACAUCCAAAAUGUCAAGAGGCAAAAAAAUAUUAGAACAAUUGAGGAAGCUAAGUGAGCCUUCUUGUAUAUUGGAUGACCGAGAAAAUCAACAAAUAUACGUCGAUAAUAAUAUGUUUCACCUGAGUCAAAAUUGUCCCACUUCUGAAAAUUUGUCAGUGCCACUUCCAAGUCGAUUUAUCAAUAACCGGCUCGACUAUAAUAAGGUCCCACCAAUGUGUGAUAAUUCUAACAUUGUAUUGGGAAAUGAAUAUGAGAGUCAGGUGAAAACAGUAAAUGAUAGCCAAAAUAUAAUAGUGUUGCAAAAUGUGGUCUUAAAUUCUACCAGCUUCGAAACAUUACCUACCAUGUCACAUAUUGCCAAGAAAACUCAUGGAAAAAAUGAAAAUGCUGAUAUUCUCACUGAUCUAUACUCUGAACUUGAAGAACAUUUUAAUUCAGAUCAAUCGGAAUAUGUUCCAGAUACCGAUGAAUUUUCUUCAGAUUCUUACAGUAGUACUCAAAAUAUUAGGAUUUCCAAGUUCAACAAGAAUUCCGAUAGUUCAGAAGCAACUGUAGGAAAUUUGGACCAACAUCAAUUGAAUGUUUCUAUUACUUUCCCAGAAAAAGAACCUAUAAUAAGUGAAGGAAAUGCUACAAUAUCAGCCACUUCAGAACGCAUCUCUGCCUCGUCAGAUAAAAUAGUAUCAUUUAUUAAUGAAUCAGAAAAUAACGAUCAGACCAAAAAGAAAAAAUAUUCUAAAAUCAAACGGUUUCCGGAUUUUUGCUAUUUCUGUGAAACUUCCGUUUUAAAUUUCGGACGACAUCUUCUCAGAAACCAUUCACAGGAAAUGGAUGUUCAAAAGAUUGCAACUUUGAAGCCUAAUGACAUCACCCGUAAAAGACUAGAAGAUUUAUGA